UUUGUUAUUUGCAUAGGUUAUUUGUAUUUUUGUAAACAUUUUAUUAAUAAUUAAAGUAAAUUUCUAACUAACAGAGUGGCUCAAACGUGUAGUUUAAUGAAACUUGAGCAAUUAUAAAAAUCAAUUUAUUAUGGAUCAUAUAUUUUCGAUCUCCAAACGUCCGAAUAAAUUUAACUCCAGCAGAAUUAACAUUUUCAACAGAUUUGAAAAGUCAAUUAUAUGCUCAAUAUCCUGUACUAAUGUUAUAGCAUUUAGUACUCAAAGUGAUUUAGAAGAGACUAAUUCUGCUUUCUUCAGUUCUAAUGUUUAUGUAGCCGACCUGAAUAGCCCAUGGCAAAUUCACAAAAUACUCUGUAAUCCUUCUCCAGUAACAGUAUUACAGUGGGAUUUCACUGGGGAAUUGUUACUUAUCGGUGACGAGAAUGGUUGCGUUCGAAUCUAUACAACUAAGGAUCAUAUUUUAAAUGACUGGAGUCUAUUACUGCAAGUCCCUUUACAAGGGGAACACAUUCUUUCAGCUGCAUUUUUCCAUCCAGGGAAAAAAGUGUGUUUAAACCCCGAGAAAAAGGACACUCCUUCCUAUAUUGAAAGAUACCAACAUGUAAAAUUUGCCUGUUCUGUAAAGCAGUUUGGUGGAAGGCCUGCUACAGGGGCUCUUUUACUGACCACCACUGGAAUGUUGGCAGCUAUUUUAUUACCGCAAACUACCAGUCAGAGUCCCAUGGUUAUGGCAACUGAAAGUCUUGGACCUACGAGGAUAUUUAUUAAAACUGCUGAUAUUUGUUAUGGCAAAAAUGGUCAUUUCUUAAUUGCUGUGAGUAGUGGAGAUCCUUCUAUGCCAGUACAGUGCUAUAAAGUAUCUGUAAAGAAAUUAGAUGAAAAAUGCGUUAUUACUAGUGAAUCGUUGUUGAGUUUCUUUUUAUUUGAGGCCCCUAAAGAAGCUCUUAAACAAGUGGUAAAAGAUAAGAAAUGUACUAUUAACCAUGUCAAAUGGAUUAUGCGUGAGGAUGCAGAUUCCUUGGUUGUUGCAGCGAAUAGUGAGAAUCAAAGUUGUUUGCAAGUGUGGGAAUUAAGGGAGAAAGCUUUGCCUGUGCACAAAUCUUUUGGAAAUUCAGAGACUUCUCAAUUUUACACAACUGUGGUGUGGCAGUACCAAUGUCACUUCCAAUACAGCAGCAGAGUCACAUCCCUAGCCACAAGUAAACUCAGCCUCAUCAAUAAUAUUUCCAGCGGCUACAUAGUGGUUACUUUCUCGGACAACACUGUCCAUUGUCUGUUCCGGGACACGCUUAAACCCAUCGUCAGUACUUCCUUGACUACUUCGAGGUACCACGACGAACCCAUGGCCAAGAGUCAAAAGCUGUCUACGAAAAUAGCCAGUAUCGACAUGUCUUGGCUGGGCAAUGUCUUGCUGAUAAUGGAUUCGGACGACGGGUUGCACCUGUUCAAAUUGCCGCCCCAAAUUGAAAAUUCUGCUCUGAGUGUGCCCUAUUGCAUUACAGUGUUAGAGUAUUGUUUAAUUGGCGGUUUUGACUGGUUGGAUCUAUUAUUGGUCAUAAAACCCAACAUGAUCGACAUGAUUUGUGAUAGACUAACAGACGUCUUCAACAGACAGCCACAGUUCAUACAACAAUUCUACUACGUUCAGUUUUUGUGCAUCAAAACGUCGCUAUACAGGUUAAGCUCUAAUGGUCAAUCGAAAGCAAAUGAUCUUACCAGUUUUCUGAUGCUGCACAGCAUUUCCACGGCCUUCAAAAGCCUUCUUAGGCCCAGCGAAAUGACCAGUCACGAAAAGAGUCCAGCGGAUUCACUAUCAACUGAAGCCGAAGGUCAGGCAGACGUAGACAAAGUAUUAAUGCACCUGGAAGCCAAAGAAUUCACAGUGGAACCGUCAACUCUCCAAAGUCUUCAACAACUUAUCCAGUGGGUAGCUGAUUUAGCCCUAAACCUUCUGGUCAAAGUUCCAGAAAGCAGACCUUCGAUAGGGAAAUUUUACGAACUGAUCAAAGACGUGAAAGCGCUGAAUAUGCUGAGGGAGUUGCUGGUACUGAUCAGGAUAUGGGGAUUGCUGAGACCUGCGUGUUUGCCCGUAUUUAUUCGCUCCGAUGCCAAUCUGGAUGUUUUGGCGUUAUUGUUCAGGUUACUUAGCCGUCUAGUAUUGAACGUCAAUGAACCUGAUGAUGCUCUUGUUGACGAAUGUUGUUUGUUACCCAGCCAAGUUCAAGUCCAACCAAUGCUACCCAUCAAUAACAGAGUAGUUUUAGCUUCACCACAGUUGGUACAAGUUACCCUUCCUAUUCAGUUGGAAUUUAAUAACGAUCCAGAAGUACUGGUCAAUUCAGCUGACUUAUCAUCAAGCCAAACCGUCGACUCAAUUAGGCAUUUGUACUUGGGUAAAACGCCGCGGGUGGUGAAACAGUGCGUCCGGUGUGGGGGAUCUGCUGGUACUACCCCGGUGACCAGGACGGCGGCUAUCAGGGCUUGGGACCAAAGAUGGAUUCGAUCAUGCCAGUGUGGUGGUCAAUGGAGAAUGCAGACUUACGCUUAGAGUAAUUAUUAAAAAUUAAUUUACCUAAUUCCAUUUUGAAUAUUUUAAUACUCAUUCAUGUUAGGUAAGACUGAUCAUUAUACAUUUAUACAUACUUUUUCUGUUUUACGUAAAAUUUGGAGGUCACUUUUUAGGCUUUAGUCAUUUUUAUUUUAUAUAUUUGAUUACCACGCCUUUUUUCAAAGUUUUUUUUAAAGAUAUCCAGAUUGUUUAUUGUAAUAGUCUCUCCGACCAAAAGAUAUAUGACUUUCGCAGACGAUACACAAAACAUGACAAACAAGUACUUAAAAUUUUUGCAAUAAAUUGACAACUACGAUAAAUGUCAUAUAUUUUUCUUCUGGAUAAGCUAUACUUAGACAUAGGACUAUUCUAAUAAUUCUGCUACCAUGUAUUAGUAGAAAGCUACAUAUUUUAUUAUAUAUUUUUUAGUCUUCUGAGUUUUCUCUCUUUCAUAGUUUCAUUUAGGGUGCAUUCCGUUGCUUACCUUGGUUAUGGUUUUAUGUUCCGUUUCUACCGCCCAAGUAGCAUCUAUCUGACUUCGAACUAAAUCUGACCUGAAGCGACGUCAGACUUUGUGCA